AUGGCCUCCUUCGUCGCCCGCCGCGCCUUCUCUACGACGGUCCGCCGCCUCACUCAGGAGCAGCAGGCCCAGGCCAAGCAGCAGCUCACCCAGGAGUCCAAGCGCAACCCCGAACUCAUCAUCCUCGGCGGCGUUAUGGUUGCUGCCCUCGGCGGUGCCGGCCUCUACUUCGGCCGCUCCCCCACCUCCUCUACCUCCGAGAGCCCCGUGCUGAAGGCCGGUAUGCCCUGGGAGACCGAAGGCGCGGGCAAGUACAAGUACCACCCCGGCGGCAACCCCAGCAACGAGCCCAAGGACGCUCCCAGCGCCGUCAACACCGUCAUCAUCCCCGACGUUACCCUCCCCAAGUGUAUUUCUCGGGAUUUGAAGCAGAAGAACGCUUCCAUGCUGACGAAUAUGACACAGGAACUGCACGACAAGUACAACAAGUGGGGCAAGGACGGCUACCCUUAA